CAGCGAAGCAACAUCGUGCUGUAGCGUCGCGUUCGGAUCAUUUAUUGUGCGCGUUUUUCUGGUGUACGUUUCUGUUGCUUUUGCACACGCUCGACGCUGUUUUGUUGUGCUGCUGGAAUUUGCUUCCCGUGUGUUAUGCUUCUUGCCGAAGCGAAAGUUAAUAGAACACCGUACACCGCCAUUCGCUCCACCGUUCCGGCCCGUGCGUAUCGGUGGUUUAGAGGUUUGAACUGCUAAGGGUACUGGUACCGUGCCGGGCCGAAAAAAAAACUCACGCCGGGGAAAAGCACCCUGCUCCUUAGUGCCAAUAAUGACCACUUUAUCACAUCCCUUCAAAGACAGUCCGGAGCCGCUGGAAGUGCCCAAAGAGCAUGCCGCCAACGUGGACACGCUGUACGAAUGGAUGAAAGAUCAGCCACGGUUUCCAAGCUUUUCGAAAAAUCAUGCCUACCUGUUCCUGCACGCCUGUCUCUGGAACGUGGAUGAUGCGAAGAAAGCACUUCAGAAGUACGCACAGAUUCACGCCAACUCGCCGGAAAUAUUCGACAACCGAGACAUUAUGGGAGCAGGUGUGCAGAUGACACUGAAUGCGACCCACAUGGUGGCCCUUCCACGGACGACUCCGGAAGGCUAUCGGUUGCUGUACUAUCGUCUAUCGGAUACCGAUCCUUCCAAGAUGAACUUUACCGAGGCGGUUAAAUCGUUCUGCAUGUUUAACGAUGCCCAGAUCAGCGUGGACGGUAUCAUGGAGGGCUACAUCGUCAUCUUCGACAUGAAGGGCGUCCGGCUGGGGCAUCUCGCCCGGGUGCAGUUUGGUCCGCUGCGUGUGUUCAUGAACUACAUCCAGGAUGCGCAUCCGGUGCGGUUGAAGAAGAUCUACAUCGUCCAUACGGCCUCGUUCAUCAAUCAGGUGAUGGCACUGGUGAAACCGUUAAUCAAAUCGGAACUGCUCGGGCUGCUGCAGUUUACGACGGCUGGACCGGAGGAGAUUGUCGGUGUUGACUACUUGCCAAAGGACUUUGGUGGACCAUUCGACGAGGUGGCCAUAAUGCAUGCGGAGCAGAAGAAGCGUCUGGAGACGGAGUACCGCGAAUGGUUGAUGGAUUCCGGCGUGUUUAAGGAAGCUCCCAAGCAGAAAAACUCCAGCUCAACCUCCAUCAAACCGCCGGUGAAAGCGUUUCGGGGUUUGGAGAUUGACUAAGCGGCCAGGAACCGUUCGUCCUCGUGCUUGCCGUGGUGAUAUUAUUGGGAUUUUGUAGCGGAUUCAGUAGAUAUUAGGAUGGGGUAUUUUCGUGUUGCAGCCCCGGGAGACUAAUUUUUCGGUUUUUCUUAGCAGAGCCGGUUUCUUAUCUUCCGUUCGGUCGUGUAUGGUUUUCGUAUCAGUUUGUUAUUUUAAUCCCUAGUCGUAAGGCCGGUUUGAUUGUUUUCCUUAAUGUAUCUCCGUGUGCCUGUUUGAAGUGUCGCGAAAGCAACCACGUUCUAGGUGGAAUUGUAAAUAAAGACAACGAAGCA